GUGAAUAUAUAAGGUUCAGGGUGGUCCGUUUCGCAUUGUAGCUGGAACCCGCAGCGGUUGCGUUCUGCACUCUGAGCUUCUUCCAAGGCAGGCACCACCAAAGAACCCACCAAGAUGUGCGACGACGACGAGACCACCGCUUUGGUGUGCGACAAUGGCUCAGGCCUGGUGAAGGCUGGCUUCGCCGGCGAUGACGCACCCAGGGCUGUCUUCCCCUCCAUUGUCGGUCGCCCUCGUCACCAGGGUGUGAUGGUGGGUAUGGGUCAGAAGGACUCCUACGUAGGAGAUGAAGCUCAGAGCAAGAGGGGUAUCCUCACUCUGAAGUACCCCAUUGAACACGGUAUCAUUACCAACUGGGACGAUAUGGAGAAAAUCUGGCACCACACCUUCUACAAUGAGCUACGUGUGGCCCCAGAGGAGCACCCUACACUGCUCACAGAGGCCCCACUGAACCCCAAGGCUAACCGUGAAAAGAUGACCCAGAUCAUGUUUGAAACUUUCAACGUGCCAGCUAUGUAUGUAGCCAUCCAGGCUGUGCUGUCCCUGUACGCCUCUGGUCGUACCACUGGUAUUGUGUUGGACUCUGGUGAUGGUGUCACCCAUAAUGUCCCCAUCUAUGAGGGUUACGCUCUGCCCCACGCCAUAAUGCGCCUGGAUUUGGCCGGUCGCGAUCUGACUGAUUACCUCAUGAAGAUCCUGACCGAGCGUGGUUAUUCUUUCGUCACAACCGCCGAGCGUGAGAUCGUGCGUGACAUCAAGGAGAAGCUGUGCUAUGUGGCUCUGGACUUCGAAAAUGAAAUGGCCACCGCUGCCUCUUCCUCUUCCCUGGAGAAGAGCUACGAGUUGCCUGACGGCCAGGUCAUCACCAUCGGUAACGAACGUUUCCGUUGCCCAGAGACCCUCUUCCAGCCUUCCUUUAUUGGUAUGGAGUCUGCUGGUAUUCACGAGACCGCCUACAACAGCAUCAUGAAGUGCGACAUUGACAUCAGGAAGGACCUUUACGCCAACAACGUCUUGUCUGGUGGUACCACCAUGUACCCUGGUAUUGCUGACCGUAUGCAGAAGGAGAUCACUGCUCUGGCCCCCAGCACAAUGAAAAUCAAGAUCAUUGCCCCACCAGAGCGUAAGUACUCUGUAUGGAUCGGUGGCUCCAUCCUGGCUUCCCUGUCCACCUUCCAGCAGAUGUGGAUCAGUAAGCAGGAAUAUGAUGAGGCAGGCCCCAGCAUUGUCCACCGCAAAUGCUUCUAAACCAAUCGCCAUCGCCUGCAUCUUGCUCAGGAACCAAGCUGUAGCAGACCGCAUCGUUGUCAUGGAACAGCUCUGUACAAAUAUCAUUUUGUAACAAUGUGUUGUUACUUUAUGAAAAUGCUGCAAAACAACAUGAAAACUGCAUCAAAGAGAAGAAUGAGAAAAUGGCAUGUUAUUCAACAUGUGAAUGUAAAAUGUACAUAAAUAUUAAUUUAUUGAAGUCCAUCAUUGGGUAUUUUGAGAACAGUCUGCUUUAUAGGAAAACAGAUCGGGCAGAGGGUGACCACAGUGUCAUUUCCUCUGUUUACCCAAAAUCGGCUCGGAAAUGCAUCAGUCUUGCCGAAGACAACACAAUGACAUCAGGGGAAAUAAAAUUUUUCAACUAUUUUCAAA